UUAUUAAAGCCUUAGCCUUUGGAGAUACGCCAUACUGGGUGUAUCUCUGCCUCAACACACUCGCUGUCAGACUUACUUGGGUAUAAUUACAUUUUCUAGAACACAGACAUUUGGAGACCAACCUAAUUAUUCAAUAACGGUAGCAGCUAAAUCAGUGACCGUUCCUCGAUUGGAAAAAUGGAUUUAUCACAUGGUUAUUGCAUGGUUGCUGUAUGUUUGGCUUUAACAGGUCGUAGCGAUGGAGUUGGUGUGCUGCCAGAUCGUCUCAGUGGCGCUGUGGGAGAAAGUGUCAUGUUGAAAGUAGAUCAGAGCUCUCCAAUGAUUUCAGUGGCAUGGCAAUUUCAUUUAGCUAAUGGUACUGUGAUAUCUAUCCUAACAUCAACCGUUGAAACCACUACUACCCCAGAAUAUAGUACUAGGACCAAAUUUGACAAUAUAACCGGAUCUUUGGAGCUCUCAAUCUUGACUCUAAAUGACACUGGAUUAUACAAGGUGAUGAUCACUCCUCCAUCGGGACAUCCACUAAAUGGAGAAUGCAACCUGCAGAUGUAUGAGCGAGUCUCCGGUGUAACAGUCACCCCCAACACCACAGAGCUGCUGGAGUUCAGCAGCUCUGUGAGGAUGUCCUGCCAGGUCUCCACCGGCACCUCCCUGUCCUACCUGUGGAUGAAUGGCAGCUCUGAGAUCACUGUAUCAAGUGACAGGGUGCAGGUCGGCGACGGAAACACCACCCUCACCAUACUCAACGUGACACGCUACGACCGGGGGCCGUACACCUGUAAUGUCUCCAAUCUGAUCAGUACUCAAGAAAGUGCCCCGUUAAAACUGCACCCCAUCUAUGGACCAGUGAGCAUUCAGAUUUAUGUUCCGGUGGACCCAGUAGAGAUCGGCCAGAUUCUGCAUUUAUCCUGCAGGGCUGAGUCCACCCCUCCUGCACAUUUCACCUGGAUCAACGGGAUGAAUGAGGAACUCGGCUCUGGCGCUGACUUUAAGAAAACGGCAACGCUUUUGGACAGUGGAGAAUACACAUGUUUAGCAGUGAACAACAUCACUAAGUUGGAGCUUCGUGCAGUGCAAAGUAUAUCAGUAACAGACAACAGUUUGUCAUCUGGUGCCAUUGCUGGUAUAGCCAUUGCAGUGAUACUAGCUGUAGUGCUAGUAGCUGCACUGAUUUAUCGUGUCCACACAAGCAGAACCGGCAAAAGGAAAGAAAAGUUCAACGUCUCAGAAAGAGGCUCCUCCAACGGAGGUUACAGCCAGGACUCCGCCCUGAGCACUCAGAAUAUGAACUACGCCGAUAUUAGCCACUUCAAGAAGAACCAGGAUGUGGGCAUGAAAAUGCAAAACCCACACAUAUCCACAAUCUACUCUGAGACCAAACCGCCUGCUACCUAGCAUUCUCCUAGCGUGGUUUAGCCUCUCACGUGGUGAGAAGCACCAAGCUAGUUUGGCUGGUAAUGAUUCAGUCAUGACUUGAUAAUAAUAGUUUUAUUUUUCACAAUCCCUCCUCCGUUCCUCCUUGUCCCUUUCUGUUCUAGAACUGAGUUAUCAUUGGUGGGACUGUCUCUAUGUGUCUGACUUAAUGUAAUCAAACAGGCUUCCACAGAGUCCUGGCUGACCUUAUCAGAUGUAUAUUAUAAUGCAUUGUAAUGCCAUAUUUACAUUUUUCCUGCUGUGAAACCCCAUAAACAAGAAGCAGGAACUUGAAAUUUGACAUUGGUAUGAAUGUAUGUAAAUAAUAUUAAAAGUGU